AUCAAAUUUUAUUCAUCGAUAUCUCCGCUCGGCGUCGUCACUCUUUUGAAUCUACCAUUGUUCUGUUUUAUAUACACUUUUUUUUUUUUGUAAUUUGCAUAGCUAUAUAUAUAACUGUACCAAUAUUCCCCCAAGAUUUAAUUGUCCCGAGCUCCGUGGCAAAAAAAAAUGUCUGCUAUAAUCCAUGGAGCUGGAGCUGCUACGGCUUUAUCGACGUUUAAUUCCAAGAAACUCGUUGCUCGAUCUCGCACCAAUCUUCCAGGGAGGAGCAAGAGAUGCAUUGUCGCUGCUGGAUCUGAUGAUGGGAGUAAGAGCUUUGGCUCUUCUAGCCUCAGUCUUCGUCACUCUCACAAAUUGAUUGCUAAUAAUGCUGUCGCGACGAAGGCGGACACAUCAGCGACCACUGGACAUGAACUACUGCUUUUCGAGGCUCUUCAGGAAGGUCUGGAAGAAGAGAUGGACAGAGAUCCACAUGUAUGCGUCAUGGGUGAAGACGUUGGCCAUUACGGAGGAUCCUACAAAGUAACCAAAGGCCUUGCCGAUAAAUUCGGCGACCUCAGGGUCCUCGACACUCCCAUUUGUGAAAACGCCUUCACUGGUAUGGGCAUUGGAGCCGCCAUGACUGAUCUAAGACCCGUCAUCGAAGGUAUGAACAUGGGUUUCCUCCUCUUAGCCUUCAACCAAAUCUCCAACAACUGUGGAAUGCUUCACUACACAUCUGGUGGCCAGUUCACAAUCCCAGUCGUCAUCCGUGGUCCCGGUGGAGUGGGACGCCAGCUUGGCGCUGAGCAUUCGCAGCGGCUGGAAUCUUACUUCCAGUCCAUUCCUGGGAUCCAGAUGGUUGCUUGCUCCACUCCUUACAACGCCAAAGGCUUGAUGAAAGCAGCGAUAAGAAGUGAGAACCCUGUGAUUCUGUUUGAACACGUUCUGCUUUACAAUCUUAAAGAGAAGAUCCCGGACGAAGAGUACAUCUGUAACCUUGAAGAAGCUGAGAUGGUCAGACCUGGAGAGCACAUUACCAUCCUCACUUACUCGAGGAUGAGGUACCAUGUGAUGCAGGCAGCUAAAACUCUGGUGAACAAAGGGUAUGACCCUGAGGUUAUCGACAUCAGGUCGCUGAAGCCGUUUGAUCUUUACACGAUUGGGAACUCGGUGAAGAAAACGCAUAGGGUUUUGAUAGUGGAGGAGUGUAUGAGAACCGGUGGGAUUGGAGCUAGUCUUACGGCUGCCAUUAAUGAGAACUUUCAUGACUAUUUAGAUGCUCCGGUGAUGUGUUUGUCUUCUCAGGACGUUCCUACGCCUUAUGCUGGUACUCUGGAAGAGUGGACUGUGGUUCAACCGGCUCAGAUCGUGACCGCAGUUGAGCAGCUUUGCCAGUGAAAUUCAUGUUCUUAUCCGGUGAACCAUUAUUUACCAUUUUCCUAUCAGUUUCCUUUGUCUUUAACUUAGUUCGUAAGAAUUUGUCCAAGUGGUUUGGGUUUGUUAAAUGUUUGUUCUCUUUUGUUGUGUUGGGUAUAUGAUUUUGCAACUUUGUUAAUUUAUCUCCUACAUUUUUAUUUUGAAUCUCAGAAUUUUAUUAUGUUUUAAAAA